AUGUCAAAAGUGAUGCUGGGUGUCAUCCUGUCCCUCCUCAUCCUUCUGACUGUUGGUGGUAAUGUGCUGGUGUGCCUCGCUGUCUGUGCCUCUCGACGCCUCCGCUGCCUCACCAACUGCUUCAUUGUGUCGCUGGCCGUGACAGACCUGCUGCUUGGCCUCCUGGUCCUCCCUUUCUCCGCCCUCCUCCAGCUCAACGACGAGUGGCCGCUCGGCCCGGCCUUCUGCAACUUCUACAUCUCCAUGGAUGUAAUGUUGUGCACUGCCUCAAUCCUCACCCUCCUGGCUAUCAGUGUGGACCGCUACCUGGCAGUGACCAUGCCUCUGAGAUACGCCUCACUGGUUUUACCGUGGAAAGUUGCGGUGGCCAUGGUCAGUGUUUGGACAGUGUCUGUGGCCGUGUCUUUCUUGCCCAUUCAAAUGGGGUGGAACACUGUUAAUGGGACAGUGCAGAACCAUGGGCCCUGGGCUCCAGAGAGGAAAUGUCGUUUUGAACUAAAUAGACCCUACGUCCUGACCGACUCUCUUCUUACUUUCUACCUGCCUCUGAUGGCAAUGUGCUGGACUUACCUCCAAAUACUUCGCAUUGCAAGGGAACAGGCUAAGCGCAUUGUCAGUGCCCGACCCACUUGCAUCACUACCUACAACUACAGAAACAAUCAAUCUACCAGUACAACUGUGGUUUCCAGUGUGACAGCAGUUGCUCUGCGGGAACACAAAGCCACAGUGACACUGGCUGCAGUAAUCGGGGCUUUUGUUGUGUGCUGGCUGCCUUAUUUCAUCCUGUUCACAGUGUUGGGCCUGAAGGAGCACCCAGACCCCAGCAUAGUACCAGAAUUUCCAAUUGUGUUGUGGCUGGGUUACGCCAACUCAGCCCUCAACCCUAUCCUCUAUGGAGCUCUCAACAGGGACUUCAGGUCAGCCUAUACCCAUCUACUGAGAUGUCGAUGCCCUACUUACUUACAGAGGAGCCGACAGCCGUCUCUCACUGUAACAGCAGCCAGAGAGCAGCUUACAGAGGUGACAUUGCUGUGUGGCCACACCCCUGUCACAUGCAGGGCAGGUCUUGCAGAUCAAAACUUCAUGCUUCAAGAAAUGAAUAGUACGACCACAGCAACUAUUCAAUUUGCAAACGGCACUGCUACCACAGAUGUCAAUGGCAAUGAAAGGUCGUGCUGAGCCUGUGCCGAUGAGGUGGAUGUUGUGUUCACUGUGGUUACAACAUGGAACCAGAAUCCAUCCUGAGUAGAGAACACACCAGACAGACAAAAAGAUGGACCAAGACUUACAGCCCCUCUAUUUGGAAGCUUUCAGUGCCACGGCACAACCACAUAAUACACCAUCACUCACUCUGUCCACAAUUUAACAAACAAAAACGUGAGAGAACAGGACCUCAGCAACUCCACACCUCAUCAGCAAGAACCAACUGGACGCACACAACUGGCCUCAGUCCGUCCUGGAUUGAACAAAUGAAGACGCUUGUACGUGGAUGAAGCUGCAACUCAAGUUGUCUAACCCAAUAAGUCCAUCGCAUCCAACCAUCACACAGGGGCAACAAGUGGCCCCGACAUGCUCUUGACUCUUAACCGUGGUUAGUAUUGCAGUAUUGGAAGACUGAAUGAGACCAGCCAAUCAACAUGACGCUCAUCAAUCUAAUGAACUGGACUUUUUAAGCUGACUCAAGACUGCACUCCAGUGGAAAUACAAAGUAUCACAACUUCAAUAAAGUAAAUGGACUUCUAAUUAAAAAUGGGUGUUUCCUCAAGAUCAGAAAAGGGAAGGGGAAGAGGUGAUAAAUGGACUUUUGAAUGUGUUAAAAUGUGUGACAUUUGAAUGUGGAGCAUGCAAACUAAUGUUACAUGUCACUUCUGAAGAAUGUAGCUGCCUCCAGACUUUGUCUUCAAAUGUAUGUGUUUUAUCAUACUAUAAAAAUAACUGAGGACUGAAAAG